AUGAACAAUAGUAAAGAUACCAAAAUUGAAAACAGUAAUGAAGAUGCCAUCGGCGACAAUAUGGACAUCAGUGAUGAUGCCAUCAAACAAUUGAAACAAGAUUUCAAACAAUCGGCCAUUGAUUUGGUGGUCAAGAAAUUCCACAAAAAGGCCAGAAAUGUCGAUUCACUGAUGAAAGACAAAAAGUUUCAGUUUUCAUACAAUGAUUUUGGUGUCGACAUCAAUAUCCCGGCGACUAAACCAAUGGCCAACAGUUGCACAAAUGAAAUUGAGUGCCAAAACAAGGACAGCAAUAGUGGUGAACCGUUAGCCACUAAAAGACUUAAAUUGUCUCACAAUUCAAUUGCCAUCAAUUGUAUAUCCACUGAAUCAGACGACUCAAGUGAUGACAAGAACUCCAACCACAAGAAAGUGGUUUUGUUUUCCAACGGAACCGUUGAAUGCAACCCGACUUUGACUGAAUUGACGGCAAUUAUCAGACCACUACUCGACGAGUUUAUAGCCGAUUUGGUGACAUUGAAGACUGGUAUUCAUCUGAUGAUUCCGCAGAUAGAAGAUGGCAACAACUUUGGUGUCGAAGUACAACAGGAUGUGUUGGAACUGUUGACUACUGUUGAGGAAGAAAUGAUUGGUCGCAUGAAUUCAUUUCAUGUCUAUUACUCGAUUAGAGCCGAUCUGGUCGUCAAACUUGCAGAACAUCCCGACAGUGAUGACUAUCGUCGGGCUAUCGGCCAAAGGGAUCAAUUGUUUCAUAAACAACUCUGUUAUAUAUUGGCAUCGAUUCGCAACUAUUAUCUACAAAUUCAUGACCUGAUUGUCAAAAAUCUGAAACGAAUUCAGAAACCAAAGUCGGGAACAAACGAAGGUUUGCUUUAUUGA